CGGUCGUGGUCCGGACCGUGGCUUCGGCUUUCGAGCUCCGCCGCGAGUCGUCUUGACUCUGUUUUGACAGACGCGGUCGGAGCACGGACGCGUGGACGUUCCGGGAGACGAGCACUGACAUGAGAGCGGGCUGUCAACAUUGCGGAGCGGAACGAACAACGCAUGCUUUGAGAUGAAACGGAAAGCCAAACUGAAAAAGAUGCUUUUCAGACUUUUACCAGGGACGUACAAGUUCAGAACAACGAGGUACCUUGUCGUCUUGCUUUCCGCCUUUGCUCUUUUCUCCGUCUACUUGAGUAACCACCUCGCAUCGCUUCUGAAGAGUGUCAGAUACGAGACGAAUCGGCAGGUCGGAACAAGGCAAGCAUCAUUGUACACCAACAUGUCGAGUACGAUUCCAAACGGUGUCGGUGUCGACCAGGAAUUUUUGAAGACCAGUCGAGUUUUGCUAGACGUUCUCCUUGGAAUUGAGGAGGAUCAGCUGUCGAGGUCGAGGUUCGACACGGUAGUGAUAUCAGGAAACGAUUCAGAUGUGCGAUUGCUUUUCAAGAAAACGCUCGAAGCGCAAGGGUACAAGGUUAUCCAAACCUCUUCAACUAACGCACUUGCCACGGUCAACUGCGACAGCGACGUCUUGUGGAUCUGCUUGGGAAAUUGCAUUGAUCAGCAUAAAAGUCGGCAAUGCAACGUCAGGUAUCAUAAAAUGCUCUUCAGUCUGCGUGAUGCGUAA